AUGCCGGAUAAAGUUAAAAAUGAAGACUUGAAUAAAAAUAAGCCUUUUAAAUGCUCAGUGUGUGGAAAGAGAUUCAGUCGGAGUGGCCAUCUUCAAUAUCAUCAGAACACCCACACAGGGGAGAAACCUUUCGAGUGCUCACAGUGUGGACAGAGAUUUGGUUUGAGUAGCAGUCUUCAACGUCAUCAGAAGAUCCACACAGGGGAGAAGCCUUUUGAAUGCUCAGAGUGUGGAAAGAGAUUCAUGUGGAAUGGCAAUCUUCAAAAGCAUCAGAGAACCCACACCGGAGAGAAGCCUUUUGAAUGCUCAGUGUGUGGAAAGAGAUUCAGUCAGAGUGGCAGUCUUCAAUAUCAUCAGAAGACCCACACAGGGGAGAAGCCUUUUGAAUGCUCAGAGUGUGGAAAGAGAUUCAUUACGAAUGGCCAUCUUCAAAGGCAUCAGAGAACCCACACAGGGGCGAAACCUUUUGAGUGCUCAAAGUGUGGACAGAGAUUUGGUAUGAGUGGCAGUCUUCAACGUCAUCAGAAGACCCACACAGGGGAGAAGCGUUUUGAAUGCUCAGAGUGUGGAAAGAGAUUCAUGUGGAGUGGCAAUCUACAAAAGCAUCAGAGAACCCACACUGGAGAGAAGCCUUUUGAAUGCUCAGUGUGCGGAAAGAGAUUCAGUCAGACUGGCAGUCUUCAAUAUCAUCAGAAGACCCACACAGGGGAGAAGCCUUUUGAAUGCUCAGAGUGUGGAAAGAGAUUCAAUCGGAGUGGCAAUCUUCAAAAGCAUCAGAAAACCCACACAGGGGAGAAGCCUUUUGAAUGCUUGGAGUGUGGAAAGAGAUUUAGCAUGAGUGGCGAUCUUCAAAAGCAUCAGAGAACCCACACAGGUGAGAAGCCUUUUGAAUGCUCAGAGUGUGGAAAGAGAUUCAUGUGGAGUGGCAAUCUUCAAAGGCAUCAGAGAACCCAUACAGGGGAGAAGCCUUUUGAAUGCUUGGAGUGUGGAAAGAGAUUUAAUACGAGUGGCCAUCUUCAAAGGCAUCAGAGAACUCACACAGGGGAGAAGCCUUUUGAAUGCUUGGAGUGUGGAAAGAGAUUCAAGUGUGGAAAGAGAUGCAGUACUAGUGGCAGUCUUCAAUAUCAUCAGAGAACCCACACAGGGGAGAAGCCUUUUGAAUGCUUAGAGUGUGGAAAGAGAUUCAGUAUGAGUGGCAGUCUUUCAAGGCAUCAGAGAACCCACACAGGGGAGAAGCCUUUUGAAUGCUUGGAGUGUGGAAAGAGACUUAGUACGAGUGGCAGUCUUCAAAGGCAUCAGAGAACCCACACAGGGGAGAAGCCUUUUGAAUGCUCCGAGUGUGGAAAGAGAUUCAUGUGUAGUGGCAGUCUUCAAAGGCAUCAGAGA